GUGUCGCACCAAACACACGGGGCACUUCGCUGUCGAUCUAUCUCGAUCUGGAUCAACGUCGGUCGGUGUCAUCACAUCGUUUAUCCAAACCCAAACCCAGACGAUGUUAAUCGUUCUGAUUAGCGAUUUCAACGCCAAAGUCAUUUGGAAAUUGCGGAUGCCACUCAGUUUGUCAUAAUUAUCACCUCGGAGUGUCACCUUGCGUUUGUGCCGUUGCCCCACAACUUCAUUACGUCAUUUGUGUGGAUCGAGGUGACAGAAUGAAGCAUACCCUCUCCUGGUAAGAUGAUUCAUAAGAGAAAAAACUCCAGAAAUAUUCCAGACAAAAGCAACACUGUCAACAUAAAACUACCAACAAUGACACGUUUGACAAAAAAAACUUAUAUUCAGACUGAAUGACUACAGCUGAGACAGGUUUAAUAGGAUCUAAUCAAUUGGAAAACAGAUAGCAGCAUUGUGGAAUAUUCAAGCCUUGAGAUGGAGGUGGGACGACAAGAAGUUACAGAAGAAGAGACCUUCUCCGAGGCUGGCCAGGACAAAUCUGAAGACAAGAAGAGCCCGGGUCACACUUGUGAACUCUGUGGAAGAAGCUUUCCAUUCCUCAGCUCCUUGUCCCAGCACAUGAGAAAGCACACUGGGGAGAAACCAUAUAAGUGCCCCCACUGUGAGCACCGCUCUGCACAGAAGGGUAGCUUAAAGGCCCAUAUUCGCAGCCACAAACUUGACAGCAUAGGCCAGAGCGCCGGCGGUGAAGAACAAGACAUGGAUGAGGGUGGGGAGAAGGAAGGAGGGGUACCUGAAGAUCAAGGUGGUUGUUCCAGUCCAACUGAGAGCACCUCGGCCUGCAACAAUGUUGUAAGUGGUGAGAAUGCAACCAAAACUAGGAAGAAAGGCAUGAAGAAGGAAAGGAACUCUAGCGAGAAUUGUAAACAGUCCAUGCAAUGCUCUUUGUGUAGGAAGAGACUUCCCAGCCAGCCAGAUCUUGAACAGCAUAUGCAAGAGUUUCACAAGGUCUUCCGAUGUGAACUGUGCCCAUAUGAGGCUUUGCAGGAGGACACACUGCAAACUCAUUUUGAAAUGGUGCACCCUAUUGAAGAAAACUCCAUCACCAAAGAAGCCCCAACCAGUGAGGAGUCAGAGAGUGGACUUGGUAAAGGGGAGUUUCCAUGUGAACAAUGUGACCAGGUGUUCACUGAAGCCUGGUUUCUAAAAGCUCAUAUGAAGAAGCAUCAGAACAGCCUGGAUUAUGGGUGCCGGAUCUGUGGACGCCGUUUUCGUGAGCCUCGGUUCCUACGUAGCCACAUGAAGUCCCACAACACCAAGUUAAAACCAAAGAGUGACUUCUACCGUCCUGCUACAGUCAAUGAGGUAGCACAGGAUGAGUCAAACUUGGUAAACGAAGUGUGUCUGUAUGAACUCUGUGCCAAGUGUGGUAACUUCUUCCAUAACCGAGCGAGCCUGCAAUUGCAUGAUCAGGUUCACAGAAAUGUUGAGAAGGCUCCUAAAAAUACUAUGUGCAUUGAUAAAGACUUUGCAUCGGUCUCCAAGACAAGCUUCUUGGAAUGUUUAAAUUUGAAACCAGCAGGAAAAGAGGAGAACCCUAUUGAGGGCACUCUAGGGAAAAGAAUCUCCGAGUUGGAUCCAGUAAGUAGCUACCAAACUUGGCAACUAGCCACCAGAGGCAAAGUGUUGGAGGUAUCAGAGAAAAGCCAGGGCUGGGAGGAGAGGUUAGCAGAUGCAGAUGUAGCGUUCAACAGGGAAAAGGGUGAGUAUGUCAUGAUAAGACAGGACAAGCGGAAGAAACAGCUGGAGCCCUCUUUGAGUAUACCAACCAAGAAAAGGAGAGGAGCUGGAAUGCAUGGCUCUAACAAUGAACACCACAGCAAUGGAGAAAGGAAUGGUCAGGCCUCAACGAAUGAGCGAAGCCCAGAGAAUCUGAGUGAUUCUGAGUACCGCCCAACGUCUCGGCCCAGCCGGAAGCAUUCCCAAAAAACCUCAGAGUGCUUGGAGUGUGGCAAGGGUUUCCGCACACAGCAACAGAUGGUCAUCCACAUGCUCAUUAGACAUGGUGGCUUGGGUGAAACCAUUGGUGGAAAUGGACUGUUCCGUAAACAAGGAUCCAGCCCAUGUAAAGCAGGGGAAUCUACAGGACACUUCAGGGAUCAAAGACAAACAGGGUCCUCUGGGGACACAGAUAAAAAGCCAUACACCUGUGACCACUGUGACUUUUGCACCUCAGAGCCCACAGCCAUCACUGCCCACAUCCAAACCCAUCGUUUGGUGAUCAGAGAUUUGGGCCAGAGGAGUGAUGCCUUAACCAGCUCACUCAGCCAAAGCCAAACUCACCAAACCAACAACACAGGUUUCCCCAGGCUGAGAAAUGCCCUGCUGCAGCAGCCCUACUUGCCCUACACCACCUCAACUCACCUAGAGAGGGCAGCACUUAGUGAUGCUUCUUCAUUUGCUUCCAAGAGUGAGGCUGGAAAGAGCAAGGGGCUGAAAGAUAGUAGCUCCGCUGAUAAAGUGGAUGCUAAUCUGCUUAACCUCACCAUGGACGUGGAUAAUGAGAAGGAAGGGGUUUCAUCUGCAAUUUUGAACAAUUUGGUGAAGCACCAAUGCCCUUAUUGCUCCUAUGCAACACUCUAUCCAGAGGUUCUCUGGAUCCACCAACGAAUUGCACACAAAGUUGACAGCACUACACUGGUGCCUAAGUGGGUCCCAAGAAAUGGCCUCAAGAGGCCCAAAUCACUUCUUGAUUUCAAGAGACGUACUGGUCCGCCUCCGUUUUUAGAAGGUAAGGACUGCCCCUCUCUGCCGCAGACGAGAACCUCCCGAACAACUCCACCUGAUUCCAGUCCUGGAUGUACAAAGAAAUCAAAAUCUCUGACAAGUGGUGCAGAGUCCAGUUCCUCACAAAACAAGAGCUGGCACACAGCCACAGAUCCAGGGACGUCGUCUAACUUGUCCAAACAGAAGACCAACAAAUCCAGGACAGAUGGAUUGGUGGGUAGCAAAAACAAAUUAGACGUCCAUCAAACCAGUUCCACUCGACCCAUUUAUGCAAGUCCACAGAAGACUGGAAACCCAAAAACAGGGAGCAGAGUGAUGGAGAGUAGUCUGCUACCUCAAGAAGGACUUCAUUUUAUGCUCUCUAGCAAACACAACCUCAGUGAUCAGAGAAGCUUCAAACCCCACGCUCCUCAAACCCCUGGGAGAUCUGAUUCUCAAGCUCAGGAUACACAGUCCUUGGCAGGGUACGACCCUUGGAGCAGACUUGGUUUGAGUGGACCAUCAUCUCACUCUCAGUCCAAGAGGCAGUUGUCAUCUGACAGUCCAGAAGCUGUGACUGACAUCAUGAGUUUCUUGAAAAACUGCAGCCCUCAGGACCUAGCUGCGCUUUACCACCACUGGGGCUUUAGCAACGCCAUGGCAGAGCAAGCAGGGAUGGUGAGGUCAGGGUCUCAGCAAGGGGAGUUUCUGUGUCCUGUCUGUAGGAAGACCUUCAGCCAGCCUAGCCAUUACCGCACACACAUGAGAUCACAUACAGGUGAGCGACCCUUUCAGUGCCGAUAUUGUCCUUACAGCGCCUCACAGAAAGGCAACCUGAAGACCCAUGUCCAGACUGUGCACCGUCUAGCCUUUGACAACGCGCAGUACCAUCAUAGGAGACUCCGCCAAGCCCCUGCCAAUGAACCCAUGGACCCCACCAGCCAAGGACCGUCUCAUUGAGCAAUCAUUCCCAAACAGCUAAACUAAAGGUUGAAAACUACUGUUUGGGUCAUCAAAGGUUCCCUUAGAUCCAUCAAGAAAUGUCUCUAACAGUAUGAUGCUGAAUACAUUCAGAUGUGCUCCAAGAAACAUGUGUGUUCAGGUUAGACCUUCAAGGAAUGCCCUAAGGAAUUAAAAGACUUUGGCUCUGGAUUUGUUCAUUUGUGUUUUCAGUUAGUUGGACAUUUCUGUGUAUCCUUUUAUAUUUUAAUCCGACACGAAAUUCUAGAUGAUUCAGAGAGGAGCACAAAUGACGCUGAACAGACUAAACUCCAUCAACAAACAUGCAUGCAACAUGUUUACACCUCCCUAAUUGAGGAUUUAGGAAAUACUUGAGGGCUAAAGCCUCAGCAACACAAGGUCAGAGCUGAUUUGAUAGACACCUGCUUUCUCAAACCCAAGGUCUUCUGCUGAUCCCCUAAACUUAAAAUGCUGCCUCCGAAUACCCUGAAUGAAUAUUGAAAAUUCUGUCAUAAUUUACAUAUGCUGUUACAAACCUGUCUGUCUUCUGCAGAACACAAAAGGAUGUACCUGAUUUCAAUACAGUGUCAGUUGAAAGUGACUCAAUUUAAAGCCUAAGAAAUUGACACAAAAGUCUCAUAAAAUUAGUAAAACUCUGUAGUAAAAGCACUGUUAUUACUUUCACUUUUAACUCACAGAGUGUGCAAAGUUGAUCUACGGCAGAAGUCAAGAUUUUCAAGGUAAAAUAACUUCGAUUUCUGCUUGUUUCUCAGCUAAACCUAAUAUAUGCCUUCAGAAAUCUUGGACAUCACCCACACCGCUGCUGCCGGUGUUUAAAGGAGUAUUUAAAUAAGACACGCAUGCUGUCCUGUCAACAGACUACAUGUAAAACAUUAACAAAUGUGACCAUAAAAUGUGACUUUAAUGUGUUAUUAAUUAUAACAUGCCUCAUUUAAUGAACACAAUGCACAUUAUAUCAGUAAAAGAAACUGAUUUAACCACUCAACGAUGAUUUAAAAGUAUAUAUGGGCUGUAGAUAUAGUGUUAUUUGUCAUGUUUACAUUCUGCAUUCAUGGCACUAAUGCUAACAUGCUACUUUGUGCAAAAUAUGUAAUGGUUACCAUCUGUCAUUGUAUUUACACCCACCGAUUAGGCAGACCAAUUGCAGUAAGAAGGUGUUUAACAGCUGAUAUGUUUAACAGCUGAAAGUUUGCUCUGGCAUGGUGUUUCAACCACCGCAACAAACUUCUAAACUUUUACGUCACACAGGUUCUUUCUUGGCUUUCACAAUAUGUAUAUUAGUGCCUUGACACACGACACGUGGACUAUUAUGAUACUUUUGGGCCAAUUAUUAAGCUUUGAAGUGAGUCACUACAGCUGUCAUUUGUACUGAAAUCAGCAAAUGGGACAUCUUCCUCAAAUUCCUCCUUUUGUGUGCCACAAAAUGAAAGAUAUAUGGGUUUGGAACAACAUGAGGUGAGUAAAUUUUGACAGAAUUUUCAUUUUUGGGUGAGCUAUUCCUUUAAUGAAGUAGCCUUAGUGUGCAGUGUGUGUAGUUUGUGAGUGUGUGUGUGUGUGUGUGUGUGAUUGUUUUCCACAUUUUACUUCUCAGGACUUCAGUUAAACAAUUCCAAAGCCUGCAUUCUUUCCCAACCAGUGCGUAACUGCACAAUGAGACAUGCAGUGUGACAUGCACUUAGAUUUGAGUUUGCUAAAUACAUAUAGAGGACUGUGUUUUGUCACAGGUUAGACAAACACUUGGCACUAUCAAAAAAUGUCUCAAGCAUUUUGUAUCUGUAAUUUUAAGUAUUUAUGUAAGCGCAGAUGUAAUGUUACAUGUGGGUUUCCACUUGCAUUGAGUAUCGUCAUGUUCUGUUACAUAAGUGACAUUGUUUCAGUUUGAAGUGAAGACACGUGCUAUAUUUUGCAUUAAGGUCAUCUGUUUGGUCCAACAACAUCAGCAAUAUUAUGUGUCUCUGCAUUAAAUGUUUUUAUGUGGCUUAAGUUUUCGUUUUUUUUUCUUGUUUUUUCGAUUUAACAUGUUUGCCUCAAUUAGUAGAUUCUGAAUUAUUGUAUCCCAAAAUAAGUUAAUUUAAUGGCGCAUAAGGUCUUAAAGCCAUGUUACAAUGCUCACGUUUUUGAUGAAGGAUCUGUUUGAAUCUUAACGUGCAGAAUUGCAUGUUGUCUGUAUAAUCGUUUAAAUUAUUACGUCAUAGAGAGACUAGUAAUUUGUGUAAAUCUAGAUUGGAGGAUAGUGUGUUUUAUAAUGUUACUUAUAAAGCUUUAGAAUGCCAUAUUUUUAGAGCUUGAUUACGUAAAUCAAAUACAUUCUUAGCCAUAUAUUUCUAUGGAUGUUGUAUAUGGUAAUUAAGAUUAUUUACAGAUAUAGUUAUGCACAUCUGUGUACAUUUAAAUACAUUCAUAUAUGUUCAAGUCAAAAAUUAACAUUAAUCUAGAGCAUUUCUAUUGCCUAAAUCAAUGUGCUGGAAACAAAGCCAAGAAAUCUGAUCCUACAUUAUGAAAUUGGUUCUCAUAUAAAAGAACCUCCAGUGUGAAUCUGUGUUGAUGUACAGCAGGCAAACUGAAUUGAACUGACCUGAUACAUGUUGCAGGUUCUAAGGGGGGAGCAGGAACUGAGAGAUAUGAAGAUACACAGUUCUAUCACCGUUGCCCUUGCGAAAGGCACUUAACCCUUGGUAGCUCUAUACGGACUAAAUGUUCCUGCAAUGUGACUUGCAAGUUAUGCUGAAUGCAA